AUGGAGAAGCCAAGCCUCCUUCGAGUUCUCAGCCCCAAGCUCAUUCUCCACAAGAACGACAAACCAGCCGGCCUCCGAUGGCUGAUCGGAUCCCCGUUCUUCCCGCCACUAACCGUCGUCUCCGCACUCAAAUGCAUCCACACCGAUUCCUCCUCAUCUCCAGGCUACACCAGAGAAUCAGAAGAGCUUCGGACGUUACUGCCGAAAGGAUUCCACGUCGUCGGAGUUUUAGUUGUGGCCGAUUCCGACGAAGAGAAGCGCGGCGGCGAGGCCGUUGCGGCGGCGAGAAGGUUACGGAAGCUAAUGUGCGGCGGAAGUGAGAGAAUGGAUGAGCAGGGAGUAAUUGGAGCCGUUGCGGAGUCUAGAGGUGGAGGCAUUCGAUUUUACGUGUCGAAAUCGGAGAGUUGUGAGAGGUUUCAGUGUGUUGAUGUGGUGUAUGUGACAGUGUAUGAUGAUGAUCCGGAGAGGUUUGUUUGGGAGAGGGGUUGUUUGAUUCGGUGUGAGCUUCCUUUGAAGCUGCCGAUUUACUAUCCAGUAAAUAAGCCUUCUGAUACCGAACGGAUCAUGCAGCGUGCAAUUGAAGCAGUUAUUGCCAAGUUCAAAGAUCCGAAGGCUGCAUACCUGGUGGAAACUUCAAGCAAAACUUCAUCUAAAGUACCUUAGCCUGUCAUCAUUCGUGGUGGAGAUUUGGAUUUGGGACAGGACGGGCCCAAUCCCGCCAACCCGGACCCAAUCAUUCAUAUUGAAGAUGAUAUGAUUUGUGGACGUUUAGUUUAAACUAAAUAUAUUUGUAACCUCAUAAAGCAAAGUC